AUGUUUGCUCGUGUCAACCAGCUGGCAAGACAUCUCUCCCGUCCGCGACCCAAUUACGGGCAUAUUCGCGCUGCCACGGCUGCCCGUUCGCUUUGGAUUCCGCUCCCCAUGACAUCAUAUACCGAGAUGGCGCUGGCCAACAGCAAGAAAACGAUACAUACAGCAGCAUGUUUGAUUAUUGGCGAUGAAGUCUUGGGCGGCAAGACCGUUGAUACCAAUUCGGCCUUUUUCUCAAAAUUCUGCUUCUCGAUCGGCGUGUCAUUAAAGCGUGUAGAAGUCAUUGCGGACGAUGAGAGCGAGAUUAUCGAAGCCGUAAGACGUAUGAGUGAACGCCACGAUGACAUCACCUACCAAUCAAUAGCACGAGCGUUUGGCCUAAAGCUGAAACUUCAUGAAGAGGCCCUGGCGCGGAUGCGCAGCCUGUCAAAACCGCAGCAGGCGCAACGGGACUUCGACUGGGACACCCCUUCACCGGCACUCACAGCGCGCCUACGCAUGGUCCAAAUACCUGUAGAUGAUGCCAUCCCGCUGAAAGACCAGGCGGUAUUCCUCGCGGAUGACCUCUGGCUGCCUGUCUCCGUUGUGAAUGGAAACGUGUAUAUCCUUCCCGGAGUACCGACGUUGUUCGAGCGCCUGUGCAAUGCGCUUAAGCCGCUGCUGAAACCCCGCCUAGCUGAUCCGAUGGGGGAAGGGAUUCAUCGUCUCUUAUUUGCAACGCCAUUGUAUGAGAGUACGAUCGCGCCGUAUCUGACAGAACUAGCGGCUAGGGUAGAGCCGCAAGGUGUCAAAGUCGGGAGCUAUCCGCGGUGGGGCAAGAAACGGAAUACGGUGACGCUAGUUGGAAAGGAUUUGAAGUUUAUGGAGAGCCUUGUUGCUGAGGUGGAGAAGAAUGUGGAAGGACGGAGAGUAACGAGGGAAGAUGAGGAUGACCCUCCCGAAGCAGACGUUGAGAGUCAGUCCUCUAAAUAA